AUGGCAACUAAUAUCACUUGGCAUCCCAACUUGACCUACACCGAAAGGUCGGAACUGAGAAAGCAAAACGGUGCAACAAUUUGGCUGACCGGCCUCAGCGCUUCUGGAAAAAGUACAAUUGCCUGUGCACUUGAACAACUUCUUCUCAAAGUAGGGGUAUCUGCCUACAGACUAGAUGGAGAUAAUGUUAGAUUUGGCCUUAACAAGGAUCUAGGUUUCUCUGAGAAAGACAGAAAUGAAAACAUUCGCAGAAUUUCCGAGGUCUCCAAACUAUUCGCUGAUUCCUGUACCGUAGCGAUUACAUCAUUCAUUUCUCCUUAUCGCGUUGACCGUGACAGUGCUAGAGCCUUGCACAAAGAUGGCCAUCUCAAAUUCAUUGAAGUUUUUGUCGAUGUACCCCUUGAAGUUGCUGAGCAAAGAGAUCCAAAAGGCCUUUACAAAAAGGCGAGAGAAGGCGUUAUCAAGGAGUUUACCGGUAUCUCUGCACCUUACGAAGCUCCAGAUAAUGCUGAAAUUCAUUUGGACACAGAAAAACAGUCUGUUGAAGAAUGCGCUCAGCAAAUCUUCUUGUACCUGAAAAAGGAAUCAAUAAUUUAA